CGCGCCACGCCCCGGAAGUGGGCGGGGCCUCGCGGUCACCACAACAGUCCCCGCGGGCCCCCUCCCGGUCGUGCUGCGACAGAGGCCGGUCCUGGCUUUGUAGCUUGCUCAAGAUGGCGACGCAGCCACCCAGCGGGAUCCGCCUCAGCGCGCUUUGCCCGAAGUUUUUACAUACAAAUUCUACUAGUCACACGUGGCCAUUCAGUGCAGUUGCUGAAUUAAUAGAUAAUGCAUAUGAUCCUGACGUGAAUGCUAAGCAGAUAUGGAUUGACAAAACCGUGAUAAACAACCACAUAUGCCUGACGUUCACUGAUAAUGGGAAUGGCAUGACUUCAGAUAAGUUGCACAAAAUGCUAAGCUUCGGCUUCAGUGACAAAGUCACCAUGAACGGUCACGUCCCAGUCGGACUGUACGGGAACGGCUUCAAGUCGGGCUCUAUGCGUUUGGGGAAGGAUGCCAUUGUCUUCACCAAAAACGGGGAGACCAUGAGUGUGGGCUUCUUGUCGCAGACCUACUUGGAAGCCAUAAAAGCAGAACAUGUCAUCGUCCCGAUAGUGGCAUUCAGCAAGCACCGACAGAUGAUUAAUUUAGCGGAGUCGGAAGCAAGCCUUGCUGCAAUUCUGGAAUACUCUCUGUUUUCUACGGAACAGAGUUUGCUAGCAGAACUGGAUGCAAUCAUGGGUAAGAAGGGGACGAGGAUCAUCAUUUGGAAUCUUAGAAGCUACAAAGGGGCAACAGAGUUUGAUUUUGAUAAGGAUAAAUAUGACAUCAGAAUCCCAGAAGACUUAGAUGAGACGACAGGGAGGAAGGGGUACAAGAAGCAGGAGAGAAUGGACCAGAUCGCCCCGGAGAGCGACUACUCCCUGCGGGCUUAUUGCAGUAUAUUGUAUCUAAAGCCAAGAAUGCAGAUCAUCUUGCGUGGACAGAAAGUGAAGACGCAGCUGGUUUCAAAGAGUCUUGCUUACAUCGAACAUGAUGUUUAUCGACCCAAGUUUUUAACUAAAACAGUGAGAAUUACUUUUGGAUUCAACUGCAGAAAUAAAGAUCAUUAUGGGAUAAUGAUGUAUCACAGAAAUAGACUCAUCAAAGCUUAUGAAAAAGUUGGAUAUCAGUUAAAGGCGAACAACAUGGGCGUCGGAGUGGUGGGGAUCAUAGAGUGCAAUUUCCUGAAGCCGACUCACAAUAAGCAAGAUUUCGACUACACCAACGAGUACAGGCUUACAAUACUAGCACUAGGAGAGAAACUGAAUGAUUACUGGAACGAAAUGAAAGUGAAGAAAAAUGCAGAAUAUCCUCUAAAUUUGCCCGUUGAAGACAUACAGAAGCGUCCUGACCAGACGUGGGUGCAGUGCGACUCCUGUCUGAAGUGGCGGAAACUACCAGACGGGAUAGACCAGCUUCCAGAAAAAUGGUAUUGCUCCAAUAACCCUGACCCACAGUUCAGAAAUUGUGAUGUUCCCGAAGAACCUGAGGAUGAGGAUUUGGUACAUCCCACUUACGAAAAAACCUACAAGAAGAAAGACAAGGAAAGGUUCAGGAUCAGACAACUGGAAAGGCUCCCUCAGAUCAACGCCGAAAUGCUGCUGCGGACGCCCCCUUUGUCAAGUCAGAGUUUCCCGGCCGCGAAGGACAGCGUCCCGAGGGGGCACCUCCCGGAAGUGGCCAACGCUUACGUAACGAGACUCGUGAACAACCAUCGGGGUUCACCCCAGUCGGACUCCGAGAGCCCCAGCAUGAAACGGAGGCUUUCUACUCGUUCCUCAAUUUUGAAUGCAAAGCAGCGGAAACUGAAUAAUCAAGGCUUUGAACACUCCGCUUGUAAAGAUGACGACGAAGACGUCAUCAUCUUGGAGGAAAACAGCACCCCCAAGCCCGCAGUAGAUCCUGAUGUCGAGGUGAAGUCUGAGCAGAGCCACAUGGAGCCGGGAGGUGCUCAGGCCGAGCCCGUGGGCGACGUGGAACCUGGUGGCCAGACCAGUUCAACAGGCUCCUUACCAUCCGUGUGUGACCAGGCAACGGCUGUGGCCACCCAGACUGAGGUGCCAGGUGUGGUUGUCAAAAAGGAAGAAACUACUGAGAAUGACAUAAAUACGAGGAGUGAUACGGCUACGCUGUUGUCCUGUGCGGAAGCUGAAGGAAGGACGUACGAAGCCCAGGAAACCUUUGAUACACCUGUGGGUGAUGCUGGGUGCCAGUUAAGUGAACUGAGAAAUGAGGUGCUUCUAGUUACCCAGGAAAAAGAAAAUUAUAAAAGACAGUGUCAAAUGUUUGCUGACGAAAUCAGAAUGUUAAAGCAUAGGAUACUGGAAAUGGUCAACAAAUACGUGAAGAAGGAGACGUGCCAUCAGUCUACCGAAACUGACGCUGUGUACUUACUUGAAAGUAUUAAUGGGAAAUCCGAAAGGCCAGACCACGUGGUGUCCCAGUAUCGGCAAGCUCUGGAAGAAAUAGACAGACUGAAGAAACAGUGCAGCGCUUUGCAGAACGUGAAGCCUGAAUGCAGCCAGUGCUCCAGUAACGAGAGUAAGAGUGAAGUGGACGAGAUGGUGGUGCAGCUGGACGAUGUGUUCCGACAGCUGGACAAGUGCACUGUGGAGAGGGACCAGUAUAAAAGUGAGGUUGAAUUAUUGGAAAUGGAGAAGUCACAGAUUCGUAUACAGUGUGAAGAACUGAAAACCGAGAUUGAACAAUUAAAGUCUGCAAGUCAACAGAAAGGGCCCGAUGUGUUGACCUCAAGUGCUGCUGAGGAGUCUGUGAAGUACGCCGACGGGGAAAGCUUCAAACUGCGGUCUCUCCGAGUUAACGUGGGACAGCUGCUGGCCAUGAUCGUGCCCGACCUCGACCUUCAGCAAGUGAAUUACGACGUGGAUGUCGUUGAUGAGAUUUUAGGGCAAGUUGUCGAGCAGAUGAGUGAGAUCAGUAGUUCUUAAAGUAUAUUUUAUAUGAGAUAAUAAAGUAUUUCCUCUGUUCCCUUGGUUGUACUGCUUUGAAAAUGUAAACAGUUUUAUGUCACAGCUGUGGUAGGUGACAGGCGGAAGAACCACAGCCGUCACUGUACCCUGUGCAUUCAGGUGCGGCCGCAAACUCGUGGGCACGUCAUCACUCCUUCCGAAAUGCCCGCGAGUCGUUGACUUUGAGCGGCUGAAUCGCUAACUCAUGCUCCUGGUAUAAAAUGUAAAUAUUUGUAAUUAAGUCUGCACAUAUUUUUUUAUUGCCCUAGCAGACGUAAGGGUCUUUCACCGAGAGGUUCUCAGGGUGCUCCUGACCUUUGUGCAGUCUUUUUGGUUUCCCAAAGUGUAUUUUUAUCUGGGGGCGGGCUGUGCCGCAGCGGGGACGGGACGGCUGCCUCCGCGUCGUCCCGGGGCAGGUGCACGGGCGCUCCCCCCGUGGAGGGGCACCGCUGAUAAGUCGCGAGGGCGUCGAGCAUUAAUGUUUCUUCACUGUAAAUUCUUAUCUCUGGAAACAUUUUACUCACGAAAAUAAGGUAAGCAGCAACUUCUCCAUCCAUUUUGCUGGGAUAUUGUCUGUGCUGAGACUGCCAAUCAUGAUUCAAGUGUUUUUAUAGGACACAAGAGGGUGUUCAGUAUAAAAAAGUAUCAAGUAUUCUAACUGCCUCACCAUGUUUACGUUGAAGCCCAUUUUUGGCUGCUUAGCAUGGAGUGGGCAUGGUAAUUAAAUAUUUCUUUUAUGAAAUUUCCUGUACAGCCUUUUAUAGGAUUACUACAGGUUAACGUGAGUUGAGGAAGACAGUCUUUCUCAAACAGUACUGCAUACCUUUUAUCAUAUUACAAUCCUAAGUGUUUUAUAUCCUGGAGUUAAGCAGCAAAUUGUCCGAGGAUUAUAGUAUUACAUCCCAUAAAAAUUAAUGCUUUAUUGGUUCCUUGUUUUGUGCAAUUUCAAAGAGAUGGCUUUCUAUUAAAUAUAACUGUGUAUAUGUAAUUAAUUUUCCACCACUAAAAUGCUCAUUAUUUUUUCAAAGUUUUAUCAUUGCUAUUUAUUUUUACUUUUGUUUCUGAACAUUUAGUACAUGUUCUUUUUUGUAUGUAUGCUUACUGACUUGUGCCAUGUAUAAUAUCUAAUUUUUACUGUACAUUUUGUUCUAAAUAAAGCAAAUAAAUGAAGAUUGUUUUAUUUGCUCGAUAAAGUAAUUGAAAGUGUAUUUUUGGUAUGAAGCUGGUUUUCUGUCACAAUUGUAUCUGCCCAAAAUUUAAAAUAUCUUGUAAUAAAAUAAAAAUAUAUAUGAUGGCUAACUCUUCA